AUGGAUUUUAUUGUGGGCUUACCCCGAACACCCCGAGGUAUGGAUUCUAUAUGGGUUGUUGUGGAUAGAUUGACUAAGUCUGCUCACUUUCUGCCUGUGAAGACUAUUUAUAAUGCGGAUAGACUUGCUACAAUGUACAUUGCUGAGAUAAUUCGAUUGCACGGUGUUCUGGUUUCCAUUGUGUCGGAUAGAGAUUCCAAGUUUGUGUCAAGAUUGUGGCAAAGCUUACAAAAAGCAUUUGGAAUGGAGUUGAGAUUUAUUACUACGGAAAAGAUUCAAAACAUCCAACAGAGAUUGAAAACUGCUCAAAGCCGACAAAAGAGCUAUGCGGAUCAAAGAAGGAGAGACUUGGAGUUUGAAGUUGAGGAUCAUGUUUUUGUCAAAGUCACUCCAAUAAAAGGGCACACAAGAUUUGGGAAGAAAGGGAAAUUAUCACCUCGGUACAUAGAGCCGUUUCAGAUUUUGGAAAGACUGGGUCCAGUGGCUUGUCGGACUGCUUUACCACCGGGCAUGGAACAAGUGCACAAUGCGUUUCACGUAUCAAUGUUGCGAGGCUACCUUCGGGACCCUUCUCAAGUUAUUGACUAUUAUGAAGUUGUGCUAGAUGACGAUAUGGCUUAUGAAGAGAAACCCCUUCGAAUCCUUGAUUGA